AUGAGAAAGAGGCCCGGCGAGACGCUUCGGAAGUAUGCCGAACGUUACUGGCAACUGUUUAACGAGAUACCCGGUGUUGAUCAAUACUGGGCGGCAAGGAACUUCAAGAAUGGGUUGGAAACAGGAAGCAAGAUCCUGGAUGAACUGGCAAUAAGGGCGCCUCAUGGAAUGAACGAGCUAAUGAGGACGGUAGAACAGUUCUGCUCCUACGAAGAGUUCCUCGCCGAGCGAGAACUCCAAGGAGGACAAAACUCAAUCGUAUCUCAAAGCCUUCAUGUCCCUACGCCCCAAAUCGCACCACCGAAGCCUGUGGUCGCUGUCCAGCCGAAGAAGCAGGUCAACACAGUCAAGGUGGCAGACAAAAAGGGGCCGAAAGCUCAUGACUAUAUAGCUGAAACCACAGCACUUUUGGAAAAUCUAGCGACACAAGGACUUCUUGAUGAUCAUAUCGAUUGGACAAAGACGCCGAGGAGACAGCCGAAUGCUGGUGGACAAAACCUUAUUCCACGACCAGUCGGAGUAAUCAACGUUAUUCAUGGGUCAACAACAAAAGAGGCAGCAAAACAGCUUCGUCAAGAGCUUGUCAAAGCUGAGAAUAUUUCCCAAGUUUUUUCCAUCGAUCGUGCUCCAAAAAGAGUCAAAACGCUCGAGCGUCCCUGGUCAAUGUCCUUCACCGAGCAAGAUCUUCAACGCAUACAAACCCCCCAUUGCGACGCUCUGGUGGUCACACUCCAAAUUUUAACUCACUCGGUCAAAAGGGUGCUUAUUGAUCAAGGAAGCUCGGCAGAAGUGAUGUAUUUAUCUCUCUUCAACGAGCUCAAAAUUCCACAGUCGUGCCUAUUACCAGCAGAAGUCCCUUUAAUUGGUUUCAGUGGCACUCCAGUUUGGCAUCUCGGAAGGAUUACCCUCCCUGUCGUUACGGACUCGGUUGCUUCUAAUCAAGAAUUCGUCGUUGUAGAUGCACCGAGCCCAUACAACGCAAUCCUUGGACGAAAUUGGCUCCAUUCAAUCAAGGCCGUCGCCUCAACCUACCAUCAAGUGGUCAGGUACAUCGGCGCUAACGGCAAACAAGAAGACCUAUUUGGAGAUCAGUUACAAGCCAGAUAG